UUUACACUCGGGGGAGGCGAAAGAGGGCGAAGUAAGGCGAGAUGUGAAGCGGAAUUCAACUUUCACCCUUUGAUAUUUUCCUGAUUAUUCUCCUCCUGGGCCGUUAUCUCCCUCGCACGUCGCCAUGGAUAAGCUGACGAUCAUCUCCGGGGCGCUGUUCCUGGCCGCUGAUGUGUUCGCGGUGGUGAGCCUCGCCAUGCCCGACUGGAUUGUGUCUGACAUCGGGGGUGAUACUCGCCUGGGACUGCUAUGGACAUGUGAGACUUUAUAUAAUAGAUCUCAGGUCUGCUAUGCUCCAUCCCUUGGAGGAGCAUGGCUUGUGACACUAGGAUGUGUACUAUUGGGGUGUGUGUGUGUCACUGCAACCAUCGUUUUGCUGGCUCUCUCACACUGCCGAAUCAGUCUCUAUAUCAUGGCCUAUGCCCGUUGGGUUGGGUUCACUGCAAUGGUGCUGUUCUGCCUGGCUGCAGUCGUCUUUCCAAUGGGAUUUUAUGUGGAAGAGAUUGGCGGAGAACCAUAUCAACUCCCAAACAGUUUCCAGGUCGGAUAUUCUUACAUAUUUUUUGUGCUAGCUCUUUGGAUGACAGUGGUUUCUGAGCUUUUUGCUGGAAAAGUCUGCCUACCCAAUUUUUAAGUCAUGCAUAUUGAAAAUUGGUGAACAAUGAGCUUUGUAUGAUAAACCUUUUUCUCGUGAGAGAAAGUGAAGAAGAAAUGAAGUAUGAAGGUAUUGACAUGUGAAAUACCAGAAAAAUGUAAAUAGACAAAAUAAUUGAGAUCUUGUUCAUUUCCAAGUUAUCUGUGAUGUUUGGGACUUAAUAUAGUCAUAAUACAAAGUAACAAGAAAACUAUUAGAAGGAGUAGGUAUAUUUUUGGGUUCUUUUUUCCCCUUUUCAGUUUUAGGUUAAUGUACAGAAGCUUUAGUAUUGAACCAAUUAUUUUUUUUCCCAUCAUUUAUAAAUUUGCCAAGCAGUAUGUGAUAUGACUUAUAUGUGACGACUUGCUACAUUGCUAUUUUAAAGUAAUGUAAUUUUAGUGAAAUAGAUUUUGAAUUACUGCUUUGACAUUUCGUUUUUUGUUUACAUUUAUAUUGAAUGUAUUGCAAUUUUAGGCACCAAACUUGCUUAAAGUUAUUCCAGAUAAAGAAAAAGUACAUAUCUAGAACAGUGAGAUUUUUAAUUCCAUAAAGCCAUGGAUCGUAAUAGGCUUUGAUGACGUAAAAUAACUUAAAUGAAAUGUAAUGGUUAUAUAGCUACUAAUUUUUUGUGUUAAUGUUGUAGGGAUUCUACUUAAUGUCAGAUAACUACUUUGCAAGACAAAAAAGUAAUUAAAAUGGUAUAUGUGGAUGGAUGUAGAACAGAUCUGAGAAACUGGUGAAAGUUUUAAAUGUGUAUUUUACGUUUUUUGUCCUUUGUCUUAGUUAUUAAUUUUCUGAAUGCAUUAUCAAAGAAAAUAGUAUUUUUCCCAAAGUUUUUUUUUUUAAGAUACCAUAUAUUUGCUCUUGUUGGAACUGAAAGAUUAGACGGUAGGUGAGAAAUAGAGUAUAUUGUGUAAGAGAAAGUUAAUGCGCAGUUGUACAUUAUUUUCUCUUUAGCACAUUCUUAUUCACCUGUGGUUCUUUUGGAAAUAUUGGUUUGAGAAAUAGAUUCAGAAAAUUUUGAUGAAGGUAUUGCUUAAUUCGACAAUAAAAUCUGAAAGCUUCUGUAGGUUUUGAUCCAGGCAAUCGCUCAGAAUUGUAAAGGAUUUAAGAACUUUUCUAGUAUAAAAGUAUUUGAUUAUUAGAAGAUGUAGGCUCACUGCUCUAUUUUCAUUGAUUCUAAUUCAAUCCAUAAUGGAAUAUAGACAGUAUGUAAUAUUAUUAUCUCAUAAGAAUUAAGGACAUACAAAUACAUACAUUAUUUCACACUGUAUAUCUGAGUUUAGGGUUUAGUGGAUGUUUUUUCUCAGUCUGAAGGAACAUAAAGAGGUACAAUUACCUGUUGCAGUAUAUGUUCCAUUGUGGUGUUUAUUGAAGGGCAGAUGGUGCCAAAGUUUAAUGUUAGAAGAUCAUUAUUAUUAACAUUAUUUUAGAAGGUGAGGUGGGGAAGAAAAUGCCAUAAGUAACUUCUUUAGGAUAGCGUUAGCUCAAUAAUCUGUUCCCUCCAGCACUGUUAUUUUUUUGGGUCAGUGUUGUCACUAUUGCUCUUCAAAACAACUCCAGUUUAUUGCAGCAUGUUAAAAUUGUGUGUAAAAUUGAAACAUGUAUAUCAAACUCUGUAACAAUUUAUGUAAUAGCUAGAGCUCCUUAUACAAAUAUGAUAUUGUUUGUUGGUAAUAUCAUUUGUAAUUCUUUUGUUCUUUGUAAAUAUUCUUUACAUGACAAGUACCUGUGAAUAUUUAUUAUUAUUAUUAUUAUUGUAAUUAUAGUAACUUUUUGAUAUGUGAAAUGAUUAAGCACAAAUAGGAGAAAUUUGUGAUACUUUGUUAGAAUCUAAGUUCAUAUUUCAUUCCACUUUCUCAGAGAUCUGAUUUCAUAGUUCUUUUUUUAUUCCAAAUUUGUGAACUUUUAAGUUGGUGAGAAUGUGUUUCUAUGUGUGCUGGGCCGUUCUGCUUCUUGUGAAUUCCUUGUAUAUACACUGUAUUUUUUCACAUGAUGAAUGCACUCAUUGUUUUGCAGUACUGCUUAGUAAUACUUUUUGGAUGUAACUCUUGAUAAAUUUUGAAGACAGUGGUUCCCAGUUGGGCAACCUUGAUCCCCAGGGUGCUGCGAAGGUGGUAUUUAUUGUCCAUAAAUUAACCCCUUGACUUCAGGAUGGCAAGUACACCCGUGCAUGCCCACCAUUUUUUUAGUUUGUUAAUUUUGUAUACGCAUAGAUGGCUCUAGAAAAGCUUAGUCACUAAAGAGUCAAUUACUAGUCAUUCUUGAUCUCACUUGAUCUAGUUUACCCUUUCCUUGGUAUAACAUUGUCAUAAUCUCAAUGCCAGAAGUGAUAAUAACAGUAAUGAUAUCUAAAAUAAAACUUUCAAAAAUUCAAGUAAUGCGGAUUUCAGGUGAAGUCAGGUAGACUUACUAACUGACUCCUUGGUGAAGAAACAUUGUGGAGCCAUCUAGAAGUAUACAAAACUAAACAAAACUACAGAGGACAGUGCAAUUAAUCAGUGCCAUUGCUUAACUUUGAAAUUGAAAAAAAAAUCUGCAUAUAGUGCAUUUUUAUUUACAAUAAAGCAGUUAAACAAAAAGUCUUUUUCAUCUUGUUCUUCUUCUUCAUUUAAUGUUAUUCAGUUACAGGUCUUUGAAAUGAGAGGUGAAAAUAGAAAAGCUCUACUUAGUUUGUAGCUGUUAUAGGCUAAAACAGACAACUUUUUAAAAACCCGGGGGGUGGGAUGUUUCAAAGAAGAGGUCCUUGUAGAUGAAAAACUUGGGAACCACUCGUCUGAUAUUUUUAAGCCUUGAAGGUAAGAAAAGCAAGAGAUGAAGUUUUGUGUAACCUUGAAUUGCCAUCAGAAAAAAAAAAUGUGAGUGUUAAUAUAUGUUUUGUUUUUAUGUUGUGUAAAUUUAAUAUCUCACCAAUUAUGAUCUUACACUACUGAAUAUCACAGAAUGAUAUAUUUGUGUUUAAUUGAAUGUAUUUAUCUAUAUAUUGAUAUAUAUAAGAAAGCAUAUAUGAAGUAUAUGAUAAUAAAUAAAAAGAA